AGCACACCCUCUGCAUGGCACAUGCUGUAAAGCUAGCUCCUUUUACGUGAUUUCCAGAUGUGGCGGUGCUGGAGGAGAGUGAAGAUGAGGAGAAACGUCAUGUCAAAGCUCACACAAAGACCGAACAAAGAAGAGCCGUGGACGUUUUCACCUGCACUCAGUGCGGAAGGAGUUUCAGUUACAAAUGCGCUUUCAAGCUUCACAUGCUGAUCCACACUGGAGAGAAACCCUUCACAUGCGCUCGGUGUGGGAAGAGUUUCAUGCGAUCGACAGUUCUUAAUCAUCACAUGAAGAUCCACACUGGACAGAGACCGUACCAAUGUGAUCAAUGCGGCAAAAGGUUUUCAAUUCCUUCAGAGCUGAAGAAACAUCUUGUCGUUCAUAUAGAGGAGAGGCCGUAUCCAUGCUCUGAGUGUGGAAAGAGUUUCAGACGAGCGUCACAUUUAUCACAGCAUCAGCAGACCCACGCUGGUGUGAGGGAGUUUGUGUGCGUUGAUUGUGGGAAGACUUUUAUUAAAGCUGGAGACUUGAAACGACACCAGAGGAUUCACACUGGAGAGAAACCGUUCGCAUGUAGUCAGUGUGGGAAGAGUUUCAGCCGAUCGUCACACCUUAAUCGACACAUGCUGAUCCACACUGGAGAGAGACCGCACACAUGUGAUCAGUGCGGUAAAACAUUCUCAGUUCUUUCAGAUCUGAAGAGACAUCUUAAAGUUCAUACAAAGGAGAAGCUUUAUUCUGUAACAAAGAGUUUUACACAUCAACAAAAUCUUUCCUGAACACUCGCCUCUUCAGAUAUCGCCAAACUUCAGAUAUCAGAGUAGUGUUGUGUGAUAUGCAGAAUUUUCAGAUCACCGAUACACAAUCCAGUGUUAUGUUUGCUUAUGUUCUCAUUUAUUUAAGCAUUUCUAAUCGCAUUUAACAUCCUUUCACUUGAUUUUUCACAUAUUUAUGCAUCAUCUACUUCAUUUUCCCUAUGCUUUAUCUCGGAAAAUAACUCGAAUCAAACUAAAUCGGUGUGGAGACUAACGUUAUUUCUAACACAAGUCUCGAUGCAGCAGUGUGGUGCGGGUCAAGAUUUGAUGUUGACAUCACAUCCAUGUGGUGACCAGCAAAACGGAUAUAUGUUAAAGUAAUCAUCAAUACAAGCAAAUGAAAUGACAUUUAUGUACGCACAGAAGAAACCAGGAUGCAAUAAAUCCCUUUCAGGUGACUGGGAAUAUUACGGUUUAAUCAGUAAAUAAUGUCGUGCUUGGGACAGUUGUGUUUGUUUUUUUGAUGGCCGCAGACAUGGAAAUUGCAAGUUGAUUAUACACUACCUGACAAAAGUCUUGUCGCAUAUCCAAGUUUUAGGAACAGUUAAUAAUAUCUUGACUUCUAGUUGAUCAUUUUGGUAUCAUAAGCGGCUAAUAUGAAAGGUAAAGGCCUCUAGAUGAAGCUUAUUUGAGCACAAUAAAAUCUGAUCAUGUCUUGAUUAUUAAUGAUUUCAUUAGGACAGUAAGGUCUGACUCUGCUUAGACUAAAGUCUGCUCACUGAACCUUCAAUAAUGUCCAGUAUAGAAUAUGUGGUCAUGCUGCAGUGGAAACAGAAUGAAUAUUGUGUCUGACUCCAUCAUGAGCUUGGAGGACUGCAUCCAUACAUCUCUGCAAUGACUCAAAUCACUGAUUAAUAAAGUCAUCUGGAAUGGCAAAGAAAGCCUUCUUGCAGGACUCCCAGAGUUCAUCAAGAUCCUUUGUGUUCAUCUUCAACGCCUCCUCCAUCUUACCCCAGACGUGCUCAAUAAUGUUCAUGUCUGGUGACUGGGCUGGCCAAUUCUGGAGCAGCUUGACCUUCUUUGUUUUCAGGAGCUUUGAUGUGGAGGCUGA